CACACUGCCUUAACUCAACGUAGAUUUCCUAUAACUUGUUCUUUAUCUUGUAUAAGUACCGGCAUUUAUUAGAGGAAAAGUAGAGUAUUUCUUCAGCAUAGUACUACCUGAUACAAUCUUUUACGCACCUUGCCUCGAGAAAAGAAAGGACAAACAAUUCUACAUGUCUCAUACGAACUGUUGUUAUUCAUAUGCUUGUUAAUAAUUGAUCGCAGCAACAGGUGGGUUUCCUACAUGACACCAAUCUGAUGAGGUGGGACCAGCAAAUGAAAUAGUAUUAUAUACUUGCAUUACAAGUUUGUCAAGUUGUGACGAUAAGUGUCGAAUAUGGAGGAGGAAUAUGACGAUGAAGAUGAGAUUCUUCUGCCCAAAGAGAAGCAGUUUCAUGAAGCGUCUAGGACAGGGGACCUUGCGCUGGUGGACGCCCUGAUUGCACAGAAAAUCAACGUGAAUUGCAUGGACGAACGGGAUCGUACACCAUUGCAGCUGGCAGCGGGACAAGGGCAUACGGAGGUCAUUGAAUCGCUUACUGAUGCUGAUGCUAGAAUAGAUUUGGCAGAUAAGUUUGGGAUGAACGCCCUCUUGUGGGCGACGUGGUUUGGGAAGCACGAAGCAAUGAAAGCACUUGUAAGAUCAGGAGCCGACGUUAAAGCAGAAAACAAGCAAGGGAUGAAUAUCGUCCACUGUGCAGCAUCGCGAGGUCAUCGUAACGUCCUGGAGUACAUCGUACGCGAACUCCUCGACGAGGACCCGAUGGACAGCGACUACGAAGAGGAUGACGGUGGAGGAAUCAGUCUCAAUGCUGUGUCGGGAAAGGUGACUGGCUUGUUUAGUGCAGCAGGCAACAUGAUGGGCAACAUCGGCAACAUGGCCAUGGGUAAACCGACAGAAGUGAAGAAGAAGACCAGAAGCGUAGAUUCUUUCGCGGAGAAAAAAACAAACAAAGACGACGGUGGAAAAUCUCCUCUUCACGUAGCGGCUGAACACGGCCAAGUCUCAGCUCUCGAGUAUCUCGCUAAAGUCAAAUGCAACAAGUUUGCAAGAGCAAACGAUGGUUCUACAUCACUCCAUCUAGCGGCGGGUAAUGGUCAUGUUGACAUGGUCUCCACACUCCUCGAGUAUGAACUGGAGAUUAACAUUAGAAAUGAGGAAGGGAAAACACCUCUUCUUAUGGCUGCCGAAUCGGGUCAUGCAAGCAUCGUUGAACUGCUUCUCUCUAAGGGAGCUGACGGCAAUGCCCAAGCAAACGAAAGAGCGAAAAGCAUGUCGGCAGCCCAUUUUGCAGCGAAAAAUGAUCAUCCCUCUGUCAUCAAGGUCCUAGCCUCAAAUAGGUGUAAUCUCAACAGUAAGGCAAUGUACGACAACACCCCUUUACACGUUGCCUCCACGUUGGGUCACAUCGAGAGUGUAAAGACGCUUCUAUCUUGUCGGUGUAAAGUCAACGUACUCAAUGAGAAGAGAAGAUCGGCUCUUCACGAGGCGACUGAAAACGGACUUGCAGAUAUCGUGGAACUUCUACUCGUGGCUGGAAUUAAUGUGCAAAUACAAGAGAAGAAUGGAAAGACAGCUUUAUCAAUGGCGGCCAGGGCAGAUAAUAUCACCAUCGUAGAUAUGAUCAUCAAAGCAGACAGAUACUUCAUAAAGCACAAGAAGAGACCAGGAGCCAUCCCUGAUCUGAACGUUCUGCAGUUCCGUAAAGAGGACCCCGAGUUACAGGAAAUUAUGCGUCCUAUCUGCUACAAGCUUGUCCAGAAACAACUUGCUAAGGAUGAUUGCAAGAGACUCUUCUACUACUGGGGGUUCAAACCUGAACAUAUUGAGGCCAUUGAAACACAGGAAACAGGCAAACACGCUUGGAAGGAACAUGGUUAUCGUAUGAUGUUGAUUUGGCUGCAUGGGCUUGAGGAUAACCCAAUCAAGGAACUCUACGAAGGUCUUACUAACAUUGACUGCAACAAGUUAGCUGAACAAAUUCGAGCCAAGGAGAAUAAAAGAGCAGAGGCGAAUGGAUCCAAUUGCUCGCUUUCUUGACAAUGUUUCCUUUUACCGAUGUCAACGUGACGAGGUUCUUCAAAUUCGAUCAGAAAGAUGAUGUACACGUGUUGUUAUCAAAUGAAAAACUGAUGAAAAACUGAAGGAGAAUAUUGGUAAAGUGGGCCAUAGGAAGAAUUAUGCCCGAUAUAUUGAGAAUGUAAACAGAACUCAUAGAGAGACAAGAUACAAUGUACUGCUGGCCAUUUAUUUCGUCGCAAGUAUUUUGCGCUCCAGGGAAAAAGCUAAUCCCGAAAAUAAACGGCCAUUGUGAGAUAAGUAUUAGCUGUAUAAAUUGUAUAAAGUAGAAAUAAUAUGCUUUCAAUCAGUACUAUGAUUGCUUUUAUCCAUACGAAUUUCAGCGAGCAACAUUGUUUUUAAAAUGUCAAAAUCCAUUUAUGUCACACAGUAAAAACCUUAGUGUUGCAGGCGGACACGGCGUUGGGGAAAUGUAAACUUUAAAAGAUGAUUAUCCAAGAUUUCCAUUGUGUGACGAUGUGCAUUUAAAUUAAAUCAACUACCUAAAACAGGGAAAAUUAACCCAUUUCCAGGAUUACAGGGACGUAUAAGCUCAUAUUUUCCCAAAAUAAAUAGCCCUCGGUCGAUGAAAAAGUGCACAUGUACUGAUUGAAAAUGGUGCCAAUUAUGAGAUGAAAAUGACCUAAAAUUAUCACGAUUUUUUUCUGGCUUAUGUGCCCAUUGGACCAUACCUUCCCCCAUCAUCAAUGUAAGGUGCCCCUUUAUUUUGAUUAUUUUGGAGAUAUUUCCAGACGGUCUGCCUUGAUCUUGAAAAAGUUUGCAGUUAUCAUAAAUGCUUAAAUCACUCUUCAUGGCAAUUGCAGACCCAUUUAAGUGCAACAUUUACAGCUUUACCCUAACCAUCGAAAAUAUUUCUCCACUAUCCUUUAUUUCAAUUUUUAUGAUGAUUCCAAUUAUAUUGUCGUCGUUAUUACAAGAAAAAGAUGAAAACUAUUUAAGAAUCCAUCAUGUUAGGGUUUUUUAUGUGCGAUUCUAACGUCUUUAACUUUGUUCACUGUGUCACCCGAAUUCGGCAUAAAUGGAUUUUGCCAUGUCAUUUUCAAAACGAUGUAGUUCGGUGAACCAUGUAUCGAUUAAUAUCAUCAAUGUUCCAUUGCAAGCAUAUUACUUCUAAUUCAUGAAAAGUAAGGGAUCUGUGAUCAUAUUCAUACAGCUCAUUGUUUUUUCACAACAUCCGUUUGUUUUGGGUUAUUUUUUUCCUGGGACGCAAUGUAUAUUCUAACUGGAAAGCUCAAAGAAAAAUGUUAAUUAUUAUGUUGGGUUUAGGGUAAUAUUGUUUACGAAAUAAAACCGUAUAUUCAAACAACAUUGUGUUAUGUCGAAGCGCAUGUAGCAUUACUUCUUUAUUGUAUUUAAUGCACAACCAUGUCAAUUGUGCGGAAUGUACCAAAGAAGAAUUUUUUGAAAACAGAUAAUAAACAACCGCAAAUAAGAAAGGAUAGGAAGCAGAGUGCUAGAGGUCGUUAGCCAGAGAGGGGAUUGUAUUCCAUACAGAAGUAGGGAUCGGCCUCAUCGGAAUCCCCAGGGAAACACUGAUAUCUAAAGAAGACAAUAACCCUGUCUUUCUUUCUUGAUUAUGUCACCGUCAAAAGAAGGCAUGAGUUG